AUGACCACGUGCAAUAGAGGAUCAUUGCCUGAGUAUCCAUACCUCCAGCCACCAACCUUAACAACUAAAUCAUCAUUUAGUUUUCUUUCCCCUCAGCUUCAGGAUCCGUUGGAGAUCAACUUGUUUAACUUAGGAACCCAUAAGAGACAGGUCUCCACGGAGGAAGGCGAACGAAAAGCAAAGGAGCUUAAUGUUAUGUUCAUCGAGACUAGUGCGAAAGCAGGAUACAACGUGAAGCAGCUGUUCCGGCGAGUCGCUGCUGCUCUGCCAGGCAUGGAGCCCACCGACAACAAGAAGGUUGACAUGACCGAAGUUGUGCUGCGAGACUCCGAAAAUGCUGCGGAAAUCGGGCGGACAGCGGAUGGUGGAUGCGCUUGCUAAACAUUAAAAAAAAAAAAAAACUUAUGAUUUUGUAACCAUUAUUUCCA